UCGUGUUGCUCGCUCUUACGUGUGGCCGAUUCCGCAAAAAUUAUCAUAUUUCCCACCCCGUCGUCUGAUCCCACUCGUCCUCCCUCUUCCGGUUAUCGCGUACGCUCGCGCGAAUCGGUGUUUAAAAAAAAUUACCGCGUACAAAUAGCCCUUUCCGAAGUGUACCUACGCGAUGGGGAAGAGUUCGCCGAGCAAUGUGCGUGCCAAGCCAGCGCGGCGGUUUAACCAAUGCGCUUUCAGAUGCGACGUCCCCGUGUGCCGUGAAAGUGCGCGUUUUUGUGGGAGAAGUUUUGACUGAGCGAUGACGGGGUCAACGACCCCUGUGCAAGUCGUCCUGGCGGAUAUUUACGAUCCGCUGGUUCUAUGGGAUGUCGUUUCCGCGAACGGUAGCGAGAUCGACCUAGAGACGACGAGUGCGAAUUCCGCCGGCGGCCAAAGAGACAACGAGGAUGGACUUAACAAUUGGUGGGCGAUGCUGGCACUGGUCCUGGUUCUCGGCACGGCGGCGGGAAAUAUCCUAGUGUGCCUGGCCAUCACCUGGGAGCGACGUCUCCAGAACGUCACUAAUUACUUCCUGAUGAGCCUGGCAAUCACGGAUCUCAUGGUCGCCGUCCUAGUAAUGCCACUGGGCAUCCUUACCCUUGUCCGAGGAUACUUUCCAUUACCAUCGGUCUAUUGCCUCGUCUGGAUCUGCCUCGACGUUCUGUUCUGUACCGCGAGCAUAAUGCACUUGUGUACUAUAAGCGUGGACCGUUACCUAAGUCUACGUUACCCGAUGAAGUUUGGACGCAACAAGACCAAGAAGCGGGUCACCCUGAAGAUCACUUUCGUGUGGAUCCUCAGCAUCGCGAUCAGUCUGCCCUUGAGCCUUAUGUACUCCAAGGAAGACGAUUCGGUGUUGGUUGACGGUGCCUGUCAAAUUCCCGAUCCCCUCUAUAAAUUAAUCGGCAGCAUAAUCUGCUUCUACAUCCCACUGGGCGUGAUGCUGCUAACAUAUGCACUGACAGUGAGAUUGUUAGCGAAGCAACAGCAGAACAUCGGUGGAAAAGGAGCAGGUUGGUCAUCGGGAUGGUUAGGUGCACCUCAGGGUGCAUCUCAGGGAGCACCUCCCACGGCAGGACUCGAUCGACGAGGCACCUGGAAGAGGUACCUCCUGAAUAAGAGCUCGGGCGGCAGUGGAGGAACGCCGCAACACACUUCCGGUACGUCGACCGACACCGAGCUGACCACCCUCGACACCCACGAGCUCUGGCUGCCGGAAAGCGAACCGCCACCCUCGGCCAUGUCCGCCCUUCACGCCUUCGGCGCGGAGAUGCUCAAGCUAUCGAGGGGUCUCGAGGGUAUGGCCGGAAGCCCCGGUAGUCAAACCCCAUCGAAAUUGACGCCGCAGCAUCAGCAGCAGCAGCAGCAACAGUUACUGCCGCUGCAGCAACACGGUCCGUCUCCGCGCAGAUGCAGCUUCCGCAACGGGAGCGUGGAAAGCACAGAGAGUAGCAUAUCUUGCUCGAGGACGAGCCUGUCAGCGCAAGAGGAUUUCGCGAGUCCUUGGAAACAUCGGAGACGAGCAUCGACCUACAACGAGGCCCACCUGCAGAGGACGAUCCAAACCCUGGGCUCGCCAAAGGCGCCCAGAAAGAGGUCCUUCAGCUUUCACGAGGAAUCGUCCUGUCGCAAAAACGAGGACGACUCGAUGAUGCGCAGGAAGUGUCACGACAAAACAUCCGACGAACCUAUAACGCUACCGCCACCCUGUACGUGCCCCUAUUUCGGGGAAUCGUCCAAGAGACCGCCUCCCUCGGGCGAGAUCGUCAUCGUCUCCAGCGAUACGAUGAAGCCUAUCGGGAACAAGGGCAUGGAGAUGGGUCUGAUCAGCGACACUACAGUCAAGUCUGUCAACAACAAAGGUCUGGAAAUGGGUUUACUGAGCGAUACUGUGAGGCCUAUCGGCAGUAAGAAUGCGGAGAUGGGUCUGCUAGGUAGAAACAACAGCGCCAGAUCUACGGAGGGUGUCAAAAAUUACGAGCAACUGACCCUCGCGAAUUCUGUGGUCACGUUGCGAGGCGGAAGGCGAGGCUCUAGCCUGGGCAAUACUAAGACUCUACUGUCCACCACCACGAGGGCAACGCCGCUGCGACGUGCGGCGACGAUGAGGGCGCAUAAUGGCGCGACGGGGACGACGAGCAUCAGCCUGAAGCAGAAUAAUCCGUCGUCGCCGAAUCUGCUCAGGUACACGGGCGGCCAGGUGCGUAGCCAUCACUCGCGCAACAGCAGCGUCGUGUCGCGCAACAGCUCUCGCCACGGCAGGAUCAUCCGACUGGAGCAGAAGGCGACCAAGGUGCUGGGCGUGGUGUUCUUCACAUUCGUGAUCCUGUGGGCGCCGUUCUUCGUGCUGAACCUGGUACCGGCCGUAUGUCCCGAUUGCGAGCGCCGAAUCGACCGCAAGAUCUUCGACCUGGUCACCUGGCUCGGUUACGCCAGCUCUAUGGUCAAUCCAAUCUUCUACACCAUCUUUAACAAGGUCUUCCGUCAGGCCUUUAAAAAGGUGCUGCUGUGCAGGUAUCGCAAUCAGGCUUGGCGACCGGCCAGGUAGGCUCUGGGCCCCGGGAGACCGGGGAUCACCGUCAGCAGGGUAUAAAGGAACCGGAAAUCGAUGAGAUCGAUCCGUGAAUCGUCCGUGAUUCGACAGCCGGUGAAAGUAAAACUGAACUCGAAUGGUGCUAUUCUACUCGCGCGAUUGGCUCGUUCUGGAACAAGCGUGUCCGAAUAGGUCGAACCAUCGGACACAUUGUCGACGAUAUUGUUGAGGAAAGAUCUCUAUCGCGAAUCUUCCUAUUAGCGACUCCUGUUAACGUUUUGUAUUCGAUGUUUUUUUCGAGACGAGCUAAGAAUAUUU